CCAGAGCUGUAGGAGCCAAUCAGAGGCAGAGCCAUAGUGUGCAUGUUGGCUUGCAGAAGGGCGUGUUGUCCUUAUUUAAACCACUGGCUUUGCAAGGAUUACGCACAGGCGCAUCUUACCUGGAAAGGACCGUUCCACAGAGCAACCCCUGUACAAGAACUCUUCCAAAAUGGGCGACAACAACCCAGUCUGUCCAGUCAAUGAGGAAGUGGAGAAGUUCAACAAGCAAAAGCUAAAGAAGACAAACACACAAGAGAAAAACAUGCUCCCAACCAAAGAGGAUAUUGAAAAGGAAAAGAUGGCCAUGAAAGAGGGGGACAACUAAAACACUCCUGGCAUCGUUCCUUCCUCUUCCGUCCUCCUCCAUCCAAUGCUUGUCAUCCACUUCAACAUCCUACCGUCUUUAUCUUUACUGCUAAUGUCUGUGCCACUCUAUUCUAUUAGAAAUGGGGUCAAAGGUUACUCUGUCAGCAUAAUGCAAUGUAUAUUAAUGCAACGGAUGCUCAUUGUGCAAUCUCUCUGCUUACUGUUGGGUGUAGGCUUCAACUACAAUGCAACAUUAUAAAUACUGGAAGCAUCUAUUUCACUUACUUACAAUAAAUGUUUGCCUGUAAAUGGUGCAUUUUAUGGAAAUGUAGUAAAGAAUAAAGGACAACUGAUAUUUUUGUUU